UCACCACGUGCGAAUUGUACUUCCUGUUUACAAUUCAGUCGUGCUUUGCCGCUUCGUAUAUAGACUGUCAUUACAAGACAAGCGGAGAUAACAACAUUCCCAGAGCCUUUGAGUGUUCAUACCGGCAAACCCUUGAACCUCCUGGCUCCAUGACAAGAUCAGUCUAGUAUGGAGGCAACUCAACUGGCAAGGCUUCGACAGGAGCAAGAUAAAGCCAUAGAGGAGACAGAGAAUAAAAUAGCACAAUGGCAGCAGUACAAGUCUGACUAUGAAGCUCUACACCGCAGACUCAAGACUCUCCCUGACAAAGUGGAACAUGAGGUUAUGGUGCCCUUUGGUUCCCUUGCCUUCAUGCCAGGGAGACUGGUGCACACCAAUGAGGUGAUGGUUCUACUGGGAGACAACUGGUUUGCAGAGAGAUCAGCCAAACAAGCUGCAGAAAUUGUAUCCAGGAGGAUCAAAGCUGUCGAAGUCAGCCUGGAGAAGUUGACAGAGGAGAAGAGGCUGUUGACGCCACGCCAAGUCUUCACUCAGGAGUUGGAGGAGUUGGUGAGGACAUGGCUCAGGGAUUCAGAUAUGAAGGAAAUUGUAGAAAAAUAUGAUUCUGACACAGAAAGAGAAUGGCGAGUCCAACAUCGGAAGAAUGUCCAAGUUUACCGAGAACAGUUACAACAGGACAAAUCCAAACAACAGCCUAAGAAGAAACAUGAAGAACCAUUGAGUGAUGAUGCAUUGUGGGCAAGGCUGGACGAACUCGAGAAGCAGGAAGGGGAACAGCAGGAAUUUGACCAAAUGGAUGACGAUAUUGAAGAGGCAGAUGUAACAACCAAGGAGAGACCUGCUAGUCCUCCUCCAGCCGAACAGCAGCGUCGGGUGUCGUGGGCAGACAAAGCAAAGCAUGAUGGGAGUGAAGAGGAAGAGGAAGAGGAAGAGAGUACGUCGGCCAGUGACUACGACACUGAUACAGAGGAGGAGUUAGCUCGGAAACAGAUGUCUCGCAUAACCUUCACUCAUUCUGGUCCGCAGAAGUCUUCAUCUGAGGACACGGGUACGACCAACACAGGGAGCAGUGGUGAAGCCCCAGAGAUUCAGAGUCCCAGUGACAUUUAUAAACAUUUUCUGGACAAUCUGCAGCCAAAGUCAAUACUGAAGAAGAAGAAGACGAAAGAAAGAACAGUGCAGGAGAGAAAGGCAGCAGAGCUAGAGCGGGAGAAGGCAAAAGCCAAGGCUGCUGCAGAUCUAAAGAAUGCCUUCACCGGCACAGUGGUAGAAAACCCCGUCCAUGGCGCUGGUGCAGCAGAAACACACGCAGCACCUCCAACACGACCUGUGUCUAAGUUCCGUGCCCAGAGACAGCAGCGAGGUGGAGCCAGGAGGUAGCACACAGUCCAAGACAAUAUGCUGUCACUUGGAAAUGUAAAGACUGAACAGUGAGAUGGCUAAGGUACAACUUGAUGCUGAUGAAUUUCUCGCAAGACAAUUGUGAUUCUGUUCUGGACGUGGUUGUUAGUGGUUGUUAUUGGGUGUUUGGACUCAAGAUGUUAUUUGAGGAUUGUUGCUUGAAUCCAAAUCCUGAAAGUGAAUAUAUUAAAGCACCUGGAAAUGAAGUGAUUUAUCCAUGUGUCAAUUACUGUUGAAGUAUCAAGGACACCUUGUCCUUCUCUGGAUUGUUGAACAAUUUGAGGAAGAUUGAAGAAGUUACAUUUUGCUGAUAUUUUAUGUACUGUUUUGUUAUUUAUAGUUAAGUUUCUGAUUUAAUCGGGUGGCCCUUGUAUGGACCUGGGUCAGAAUAGGUUCCCAGCCACCUACAAACAACCAACAAUCUGGGUCUAGUGGUGAGACCACGUGACUUUGUCGAUAUUUUGUCCAUGUAAGCUGGUGAGACCACUUUCUUACAUUGUGAAAUUACACAUUGUGUAUUUCAUAGCUUUCGGACGUGGGAGCUGAACCAAUUUACACUUAUCAGAGGGGUACACAAAGUACGUGUUCUAUAAUACCAGUCAGACCUCCAUUUUUUUGGAAGCUACGCUGGCUGUGUGGGUUAGAUGGCUCACUUUGUGUGCUGGCGAUUAGGUGUCUGACUCUGAGAGUGUGGGUUUGAUUCCUGGAUGGGACUCAACCCCAAAUUAAGUACUAGAAUCUGUACUUUACUCAGAAAUUGUAAUCCCAUAUAUAACAAAAGUUGCAUUUGACCACUUUCUAAAAAGUAUUGUGGGAAUAUAUUUGUUAUCCGUGGUAACUGCCUUCUUUCAGUACAUUUAGUAGAAUAAAAGUCCUUAACAUUUUUGUCAAUAUGUAACUCACAAACAGAAUAUGAAUAUGAUAACAUCUCAGAGAUGUUUGAGUGCCAGGAAUGUGGAAAAUAAAAGAAUACAUCUUAAAA